UACGGACGGAGCGAAACAAGCGAAUACUAGAGAAGAGGCAGUCCGGUUACUGAAGAUCGGAAAUAUAAAUACCGUGGAAAAAAAAUCGAGGCUGUAGUCACCACCGAGGGCGGUGGGGGCAGGCAGAUGAUGGGAAAGAAAGCGAACAACCGUCCUAACGUUGUUAAUCACGGUUGCCAUCAGACGCUGUCCUUUAUUUGCAGUACCAGAAAGAUAUAACUAGUUGGCUAGCCGUGGAGCUAGCUAGCUAGCUAGGCAGCCAACAACAACUUACGACCCGCCGUCGUCCCGAAAACACAGAGAAAAUGGUCUACCUAAUCAACCCUCUGGAGAACCUGAAGACCUACAUCAGUAGCCGUCCGCCACUGGUCAUCUUUAUGGUCAGUGUCAGCACUGUAGCCAUAGCCUUCCUCACCAUUGGCUACUUCUUCAAGAUAAAGGAAAUAAAAUCUCCAGAGUUGAUGGAGGACUGGAACACCUUCUUGCUGCGCUUUAAUGAGCUGGACUUCUGCAUUUCGGAGAACGAGACCCUGAAGCAUAGCUUGAAUGAAUCCACUACCCCCGAGAGCACGGUCACCAGCGGCCAGGCUCGCCCCAGCACGCAGGCCCCUUCUCUGCUGGAGGACCCUGGGCCCAUCAAUAUCUCUGUUCCCAUCACCCUCACCCUGGAUCCGUUGCGCCCCUUUGGAGGCUACUCCCGCAACAUCACCCACUUGUACGCUACGAUUUUGGGUCAGCAAGUCGGCCUAGCAGGGAGGGAAGCCCAUGAGGAAAUUAACAUCACCUUUACCCUGCCUGCAUCCUGGAACUCGGACGACUGCGUCCUGCACGGCCGGUGUGAGCAGGGCGUCUUCAGUACCUGUAUGACAAUUACUGCAGCCAGCAAUGUCUUCCCAGUCACAGUGCAACCACCACACUGCGUUCCUGAGACCUACACCAAUGCUACAUCCUGGUAUAAAAUAUUCACCACCGCGAGAGAUUCUGACACAAAGUACACGCAGGACUACAACCCGUUCUGGUGUUAUAAAGGAGCCAUCGGCAAAGUGUACCACGCACUCAACCCCAAGCUCACAGUCAUCGUGCCAGACGAUGAUCGUUCUCUUAUAAACCUUCAUCUAAUGCACACCAGCUACUUCCUCUUUGUGAUGGUGAUCACAAUGUUCUGCUAUGCAGUCAUCAAGGGCCGACCAGGCAAAAUACGGCAGAAUAACGCAGAUUUCUGCCCUGAAAAGGUGGCCUUGUCGGAAGGAUGCGUUUGAGAUCGACGACUUAAAUGAACCUUAACUUAAAAGGAGGAGGGGGAAAACUGAUUUUACUAGUUGCCUACUGAACCCAUGAAUGGGUGCACAGCCCUGUGAAUGCAUUUUUUUCUGAAAUGUUGGGUCACUCCAACCAAAGACAUUUUAAGUGCCUGUAUCUACUGUGUAAAUAUUUGUAGGAUUCUUGAAUUCAGUGCAGAAGUCAGCCUGAGUCCGUAAUGAAGUCUGACGCAAUACUGGAGAAGCUGAGGAUGCGAUUUUGAGUUUGCGAGUGAGAAUUGCACUUCCAUCCGACUACCGUUGCAUUUCAUCAUCUGCGUCCGGCGAUGCCGCAUGCGUCCUCCACGUGUGGACUCUCCCAGCUCUCUCAUUACAUUUCUGUUUGUCUGGUGAAAGCCAGCCUUUGGUUUCCUUAGCAACGGCUGCCUAAGGUCAAUGCCCUUUUGUUCGAUUUUUAGGUUUGAGAACUCCUCCCUGAUGAGUGUGUUCCUUAUUGCCUGUUUUUGAAUACCACCUCAUUUGCUUUUUGAAAGUUUUCUUCUAAAGAUAAAAAUUUAAAAAGUUUAAAGUUUAAAAAUGAGGUCUGUUUUCAGUGAACUUUCUGUCCCCACUAUAAAACAGGAAGUGCCGACCCCAGUCUGGUUCUUUAAGCCCCAAAAUUGAUAAUUUGAGGCAACUCAGUCACAGCGCCAUUAAAAUAAACCAUGUCCAGCUGCUGUAAACUUUUUUUCCGUCUCCAUUUUAUUGCAGAUUUUAAGCUUACGUCCCUCAGUCAUUCAAACUAUUGCAUUUCUAAUAAAGGAUUUACAUCAAAGCAAGCUGCACGCCAUUCGAAUUCAAACAUGUGCGCUACUGGUAUGAGAGUGUGAUGGAUUCUAGGCAUGAACUGAACAUACUCACAGGCACGGCCAUUUAUGACUUCUGCUAAUAUCCAGCUCGGAGUUAGAAUGUCACUGUUUACGGUCUUAUAACCAUUCAGUAUAGUUUGCAGAACUACAUUUUAGAAAUGUGGCUUAAGACUGGAUUGCAUUUCUCCGCCCUUCAUGUUUGGAUCUGUUUAAUGGUGAAAUGUACUGUAUAUUAUAGCUAACUGAUUUCACUUGUAAUGAUUGAACAUUUUUAAUUUACCUCUGAUCUUUUUUUUUUUUUUUAAACAAAUACUUCAUGAAUGUAUUUUCUUCCAGCAAAAUUGCAGCUUUGGAGUGUAAACCCUACUUUGUUACAGAUUAUCGGAAGUUUUUUUUUUUUCCCCCCCUCACCUCUCCAAUCAUGUAAAUGUUUAAUGUAAUUAGGCUCAAAGCCUCUUUCUCACUUAAAAGUUGAUUAUACAUGCACAUUUCCAUUUUUGAUCUAGCCAGCCUUGCCUCGCGUGGCAAACACAUGCUAUUAUGAAGUUAUGUUAAUUUAAUGAAAUAAAUCAAUCUUAAGAAAUAGAAUUCAUAGCUUCCCUUUAAAAAUAAGCAUUUCCUGUCUCUAAUCUGCAGCUCAUAUAAGGUGUGAAAUAUAUUAAACUGCUGAUAGCUCAGGGGGCUUAUAGAAAAGCUUCAAGUCUCCAACAAAACCAUUAGCGGACUUGUAUCUUACAUGCUGAUAUGUUUUGUUUUGAAUAAUAGCAGCAGAACAACUAAAGAACAUGCAUGUAAUGUCAACUCAACUAUCUAAUUUGUGUCUUUACCUGCAUGUAAUUUGUAGCUGCAGGUUUGUAUCAUAUCAGCUGUUAAUCUUGGCCCCCCAAGGAUAUUGAUUAGGAAAGCAAGCAUAAUUCUGCUGUACUUUAUUGCGUAAUGGGGAAAGUUUUUACUUUAAGGAACUAUGGUAUUACCUGUCGAACAGCAUGUCUGCGAAGCAAACCUGCCGUGCUUUUUUUUUUUUUUGUAUAUAGACAGUUAAUUUCCAAUCCAUUACUUGCUAAUUCUUUAAAUUCAUUUGACUGCUGUCUGUAUGCUAAUCCUUUCUGCUUAUAGUACACGGUCAGAUCAUUAUUUUUUUUUUUGUAUAGCUUUAUGGCCAUUUUACACCACCGUACAAUUUGCUGUGACUUUAGUUCCGCUUCCUUUACACGAAGGAGGAAAUACUUGUAUCCAUUUUCUCUGUAUACCUUCUGAUUUCCAUAUGCAUAUUAUUUUUAAAAAAAACACACACACUUUUGUGCAUUUAAUUUUGAUGGACCAAAACAAAAAUCAUUCACCCUUACAUCUGUGAUGCUGACACGUCCCAUAGACACUGCCCUCCUUUUAAGCUAUAUGAGCUCUGCCUGCCUUCAGCUGACGACGUCCCGGCACCUUAGCACGUGCUGCGUGCUCUCUGGGCUGCUGUCUGCGAGCGUCCCGAAGCGGGAGAGUCAGUUCCUUGUUUAUGGUUCCGGAAUGCACCGUACGCAUGGUGACGCAUGGUGACCGACUUGGGCGGUGGCAGGCUCUUUAUCAUUUUCAUCAUUGCUCAUUUUCCCCUUCCUUUGCCUUCCCGCCAUGUGUUGAUGCGUUUCACGUACCCUUACAAAUCCCAAGUACACUAGUGAAGUACGGCAUUGAAAGCUGGGACAGAGAGACUGUUUCUUAUGCAUGCAUGCAUGUGCACUUGGAGGUUGAAAUUCCAUUGCUUGUCCUGAUAUAAAUCCUAGAGGGCAUUUGUUUGUGUCAGUCUAUCAUAAUCUCUACAUAUGACUGAACAGUGGGCCAGCACCCUACCCCUGUUUGCCCCCCCCCUCCCUCCCUCCCACUCUCUUCCGAUCUCUCUAGCAGUACGAGUACGCAGACAGCUACCGUGUAAGUGCCUUGUGCACUAAACCACAGUGUCACCAGUGUAAAUAGCUCUUCCAUUUCAAGUUGUGAUGACGAAGGUCAGCCUUCCAGUGACCAAUUUUUUUUUCUCCCUUCAGUAAAACAGCUGUAAUUUACCCAAGUUGAAAUAAACAAAUAAAUAAUCUGACACAUUCUGGUGUCCAUCUCAGUUACUCACAUGGAAAUGUUUUGUAUUUUAACAAUAUAAACUUCUAAUAUGUACAAUUUGUCUUCAUGAAAAGAUGUUUUUGACCAUAAAUUGUACUUUUUAGGUUCAGUAUCAUUUCAUUUAGCCGAACAUAAAAUACAUUAAACCACAGGUACUACAACACUGCUAUAUAAGCAUUUAUAAUCUUUAAAGUUGUUUUAUAGUUUCUCAAAGUGUAAACAAUUGGCUAAUUGUAAAAUAAGUGGUUAAACGGGAAUGUGGAAAAUGAUGUAUAUUGCUGUUUCAGCAUGUAACUAAGUUUCAAUUGCUGGCUUGCAGUUGUGAAUAGAUGUUCAUGUUACAAGGCACAAUGGUACAUUUUCUGCCUCAAGCUGUUAGUUAAACCCUCUCGAUAUAACACUGCAUUACUAAUUAAACACCAAUCCAAAUAAGCCACAGAGUAUUUUUCAUUGUCUAUUUAAAACUAUGUCACCUUUAUUGGGGCGUGGAUAGUGUAAAAGCGAACUGGAAGGUAAAGUGUGACAUGGAUAUAUGCAAUUUUAAUGUGUAAUACAAAGCUAUCAUGUAUUGUCAUUGUUUUGUAUGUUUGUCAAUAUACUGAAAGGAACUCAGUAUUUUCUUUUUCAGAAGAAUAAAUGAAGUCAAACUGCAA